CCUCGCUUCCUCGAGAUCGCGCGGAGAGGGAGGGGUGGAGGUUCGCUUGAUCUGUGAGGAGGAGGAGGAGGAGGAGGAAGACUACAUGGCGGUGGCGACGGCGGCUCUGCCGCGGACGGUGGAGGCGUUGGAGCGGCGGGCGACCAUGCUGCGGGACUCGCUGCAGAGGAGCCAGGGGAACACGGAGGGGAUGGUCACCAUCCUCGGCUCCUUCGACCACCGCCUCUCCGGGCUCGAGGCUGCCAUGCGCCCAACCCAGGUGAGGACUCACGCGAUCCGGAUGGCGCACGAGAACAUCGACAAGACGAUCAAGGCUGCCGACGGCAUCCUCUCCCAGUUCGACCUUGCCCGCAGGGCUGAGGCAGCAGUACUGAAGGGUCCUCAUGAGGAUUUAGAGAGCUACCUUGAGGCAGUGGAUCUGCUCAAAGGCAUCGUUCGCUUCUUUUCCUCAAACAAGAACUUCAAGAGCAGUGAAGGAGUUCUGAAUCAUGUCAACAAUCUGUUGGCUAAGUCUGCUCUCAAAAUUGAAGAGGAAUUUAGGCAGCUGAUGACUACAUAUAGCAAACCUAUUGAACCCGAUCGCCUCUUUGAUUGUCUUCCCAAGUCUCUGCGGCCAACAAAAGAUGAUCCUGAUGGUGAUCGAGGGAAUGCUGGCCACUCUGAGCAUCCAUCCAAAAGCUUGGAGACUGCUGUAUACCGGACACCAACACUAAUUCCUCCUAGGAUACUGCCCCUCAUGAAUGACAUAGCUCAGCAACUGGUUCAAGCGGGAAAUCAGCAAUCAUGCCAUAAAGUUUACAGAGAGUCCCGUGGUUCAGCACUAGAAUUGAGCCUUCAGAAGCUGGGAGUAGAGAAGCUUAGUAAAGAGGAUGUACAAAAGAUGCAAUGGGAAGCUUUGGAGGCCAAAAUUGGAAACUGGAUUCACUUUAUGCGAAUUGGGGUCAAGCUGCUACUAGCAGGAGAAAGAAAAAUCUGCGACCAGAUUUUUGAUGGUGUCAACUUCAAUAAGGACCAAUGUUUUGCUGAACUGACAGCAAAUAGUGUUGUGACUCUUCUAAGCUUUGGAGAUGCUGUUGCUAAAAGCAAACGGUCUCCUGAAAAGCUGUUUGUAUUGCUAGAUAUGUAUGAAGUAAUGCGUGAACUUCAAUCUGAGAUGGAGGUGAUUUUUGAAGGACAAUCAUGCUCUGAGAUGCGGAAGGCUUCAUUGAGCUUGACUAAGCGCUUGGCUCAGACUGCUCAAGAAACCUUUGCUGAUUUUGAGGAUGCUGUUGAAAAGGAUGCUUCCAAGACUAUUGUUAAUGAUGGAACUGUGCAUCCUUUGACCAGCUAUGUGAUUAAUUAUGUUAAAUUCUUGUUUGAUUAUCAGUCAACACUGAAGCUACUAUUUCAGGAAUUUGAAACUGGUAGUGAGACAGAAUCUCAACUUACUAUUGUUACCAUGAGGAUAAUGCAAGCCCUGCAGAAUAACUUGGAUGGAAAGUCAAAACAGUAUAGGGAUCCUGCCUUAACUAACUUAUUUCUUAUGAACAACAUCCAUUAUAUGGUUAGAUCUGUUCGCAGAUCCGAAGCGAAGGAUAUACUUGGUGAUGACUGGAUUCAGAGGCACCGCAGGAUUGUCCAGCAAAAUGCCAAUCAAUAUAAACGUGUUGCUUGGGCAAAGAUUCUCCAGACACUUUCCAUACAAGGUGCAGGUAGCACUGGUUCAUCAACAGCAUCAGAUCUUAGCAGUAGUGGUGUUUCAAGAGCUAUGAUCAAAGAACGGUUUAAAUCUUUUAACAUGCAAUUUGAAGAGCUCCAUGCAAAGCAGUCUCAAUGGAUUGUACCUGAUCAAGAAUUGCGUGAAUCUUUGAGGCUUGCGGUAGCCGAGGUUUUGCUACCAGCCUAUCGGUCGUUUGUUAAACGUUUCGGUAACCUUGUCGAGAAUGGCAAGAACCCGCAUAAGUACGUGAGGUACAGCGCAGAAAUGGUGGAGCAACUGUUGGGGGAGUUCUUCGAAGGACAGCAAUGGGGGGAUCAGAAGCGCUGAGCAGUGAAUAACAUAAGAAGCUGAACAGCGCGAGUUGUCGACUUAUGCAAGUAUUUCUUUUCCGUCCAAGCAGCUAAUGAUUCUUUGCAUUACAACGUAUUGCCACAUCGAUACGCUACCAAUGCACAUAACAGUAACUGCAACUCUUGCAAGAGAGCAAAUUUCUUCCACUAUUGAGUGGCAAACACAGCAGGUUAGCAGUGUUCUGUUCUGGUGUUUAGACUACUGCUAAUCCAUUUAUGCAUCCAACGAUCAUCUGUGUUUUGUUCUGUAGAAUAUUGCUUAUAGCAGUGAGAUGGUACUAUUAUUAGACGCUUGGAGUUUUGGACGGAAAGGCAUAAUAAAUGAGACUGUUGUGUUUCUUUCUCAAAAGAAGGGGUGAAGAAGGUUCAGGCUCAAAGAAGCAACGACCACACUUUUUAUCUAUCACUUAUUCCUUUUACACUAUUUGCACUUUCUCCACCUCUUUUUCUCCAGUGACAGGACUAGUUUCAAAAACUUUUUCUAAAAACAUUACAUUGAAUCUUUGACACUUAGAUAGAGUACUAAAACAUAGAUAAAAAUACAAACUAAUUACACAGU